AUGCUCCGUGCGGCGUCUCGUGCGUCGAGAAAUUUUCCCACUCGCUCCUUCUCGACCACGCCGGCAUGGAAAUCAGCCCAGCCACCCUCGCCAGACAAUACGCCACCUCGUCAUGAACCCGGAUCUCCCGAGGCAGAUAAACAACCGUCGGACCCGUCGUCGUCCAAGGCAGAACCGCCCAUUGACCUGCAACAGGUCAAAAAUCGCCUUCUCGAAUGGACAGAUCAGGCUGCUAUCACACUGCGCACGAGAGCCGAUGAUUUCACCGAAACAACGAAAUCUACCUUUUCUCAACUGGGUGCGCAGUUGAAUAAAGUCACUGGAUAUGAAGAAAUAGAGGUCCUUAAACGUCAAGUGGUAGAACAAGAGGCACGAAUAAAGGCUACGCGACAGGCACGUCGGGACGCAAAGAUUGCCUACGACAAAGCCGUGGCACAGCGGUCUAAUUCCCAACGUGAAGUCAAUGACAUGCUACAGCGUAAACAUACAUGGAACGACAACGACGUCCUCCGGUUUACCGCGGUCGUCCGUGAGGACCACACGAUCGAGCAUGAGGAGGCGCGAGCAAAAGCCGCUGUAGACGACUCGGAGGCAGCCCUAGACAGGGAGUUCAGCGAGCUCAUGCGGGCGAUUCUAGGAAGGUACCAUGAGGAGCAGAUUUGGUCCGAUAAAAUCCGAAGUGCCUCGACAUAUGGACAGCUCACAGUUCUGGCGCUCAAUUUACUGGUGUUCAUCAUGGCCAUUCUGUUCGUUGAGCCGUGGAAGAGACGGCGGCUUGCGCAGACGUUCGAGAAGAAGACAGAGGAGUUGAGUAGGGAGGCGAAGGAGGCUACAGAGGCGGGGUUAGCAGAGAUUAGGAAGGAGUUGGAGGAGCAAGUUAGGGUAUUGACGGUGCUAGCAGAGAAUGCACUUGGAUUAGAGAAGGAGCGGGAAGAGGUUGCUGAACGAGAGAAGCAUGCCAUUACGAAGGUCGUCGAGCCAAGUCCUCCGAAUUGGGACCAGCCAAUCGUCGCGGGCGGAAUUGCUGUCGGAGCAUUUGCUGCUGCAGCUCUCAGCUGGCUUUGCUUCGGUCGGUGA